AUGCGAGAGUUCUUGAUGGCUGUUGAAUUUGUUGCAUCUAAGGAUGAUAAUUCUCUCUUCAUUCAGCAAGAAGGGCCUCAUUUUCUCUAUGUCCUCGUAUAUGUUGAUGAUAUAAUAGUCACUGGCACCAACUCUCUUGCUAUUGAUAGUUUUGUCAAGGAUCUUGAUGUUCAUUUUUCCUUGAAAGACUUGGGCCACUUGAACUAUUUUCUUGGAAUCAAGGUAACACACACUCCGCAUGGAAACCCAAUAGAGGAUGAACGUUUGUUGAGAAGAAUUGUGGGUGCCUUACAAUAUGUAGUCAUAAUAAGGCCAAAUAUUGCCUUCUCGGUCAACAAGGUAUGUCAGUAUAUGCACAAGCCUUUAGAUACACAUUUCAAGGUUGUCAAACAGAUUUCAAGAUACCUACAAAGGACACUAGAGUAUACUCGUAAUUCAAAACUUCUUCUCGAAGGCUAUUUUGAUGAGAGUUGGGGUUCAGACAUUGAUGACCGCCGAUCUACUUCUGGCUUUUGUGUCUUUCUUGGUGGGAAUUCGAUUUCUUGGAGUUCCAAGAAGCAACAAGUGGUUUUGAGAUCCACAGCAGAGGCCGAAUAUUGA